AUUCAAUAAUUAUUUUUCAAGUCAAAUCAUAAUAUGUUUUUUUUUCUCUCAAACACACAGUACACUGAAAGUUGGAUUUUUUGCUGUUUCGUAUAUGAUGUUUUGGAAUGCGAAACAAAAGUUUUGUAUGAAUGUGAUCCAGGCUAUUCCGACCGAAAUGACAAAGAAACAAGACGAUUGUUUGAUAAAUCAUGUCAACCAAUCAUGGAAAACGAAACUUGUUACAGGACUGUGAUAGAAGAAAAAAGUGAUGAUACGAUAUGGAAAGUAUUAGGAAUUGGUGCAGGAGUCGCACUAUUGUUGGGUUUGAUAUACGACUGUGCUCAAUUUUGGAGAAAAGAGUAUAACACAAAAUUGAUGGCAAAAAAAGCUUACAAAGCAGAAAAAUUUCAACAAAAAUAUGAAAAGGAAUUCAUUCGUGCGGUUUAUGACCAUGAAGUUGAAUUUCAAGAUAAACAAUAUUUCACAAAUGCUCCUAAACAAACAAGUGAGAAUGGAGAAGCACAACCAAUCAAAAAACAAGAAACUGCAAAAAUGUCGAACAAAGAUUUGAAAAAAAUCAAUAAGAAAAUCAAUUCACAAAUCGAGGCAGAUUCGAAAAAUGAUCCGAGUUUCUGGGAUGAUUUCAAUAAAGAUCCAGACAAAUAUAAACAACCAACCGGNUUUAAGACGAAAGCUAAAAAAUAUUUCAAAAGGUUAUGGCCUUUUUCCAAUGGGAAUAGUGAAGAACAACUGAAAAGAGAAGAACUGAUCCGAUCGGAAGCUCGUCGACAGUAUGAAAAUAUCCGAAAAAAUCGAUUAGAAUUGGACAAAAUAUCAACAGGGAAUGAAAGUUCGAUUGAAGAAAUAAACGACGAUCCUCUUUUGGCAAAAACGCUCAGGACUUUGAAUCAAGAACACGUCGAUGUUUAUCGUGAAACCAUAAAAACUACAGACUUUCCGGAAUCUGGAUCAAUGGAUCAACUGGAAAUAUACACGAAAAAUUUCAAAGACACAAGGAAUAGGUUACGAAAUGAAUUUGACAAAAAGUUCGAAAUGACAUUGGGAGGGACUACAAUUGGAGAAUCUGAUAAAGGAUUAAGAAAAAAUGAAAAUUGGUUGAAAAGCUCGACGCAUGGAUCGAAAACAACAGAAGAUGAAUCAACGAAAAUCCUAAGAAGAUACAAAGAUAAAAAGACAAAAACACCGGUCAGCAUGAUAAGGACAGAAUCAACAUCGAAACCAGCCAAAAGUAAAACGACCAAAAUUCUAUCAAGUGAUGAUUCGUCCAUAGUCAAAAAAACAGAGUCAACAGUCAGUGAUGUAAACGAGCAACAAUCGACAUCGAAACAAGAAGAAAGUCAAACGCACGAAAUUCCAUUCAAGAAAGCCGAUGAAACAAAAAAGAAUUCUAAAUUGGAACAAAAUUUUGCAGAAAUUCAAACGAAUGAACAUUGGACUGAAACCGAAAAUCCACAAACAGACAACGUUGCAACUUACACAAAAAAAGAUUCCGAAAAUAAAUUAAGUGAAAUUGAAAGGUCAUUGAUCGAUUUAAAAGAUAAAAAUAAAGAUGAUGAACUUUCAUCUGAAUCAUUAAGAAAGUUGGACAACAAAACUAUAACAGCAAAUCAAGAAUCAACAAAUUUUCCAGCCACCACAACGGAAACAUCUGAACCAGAAAUCAAAAUACCAAUAUUUUCUGAAUUAGCAAAAAAAACAUACGAAGAUGGAUUCAAAUAUCCAUACUAUGAUCUAGUGGAUAAAAAGAAAAAUCUUGUGAAUAAAUGGGAAAUUAGAAAGACAAAAUAUGAAAAUCAAAUGAAAUACACGAUACCACAAAAAGAAUAUAGGGGUUUUUACGACGAUUGGCUCAUAAAAAAACAUAAAAUCGGACGAAAAGCAUUUCACAAACAAGCAAACGAAUUGGAUAAAAAAAUUAAUGAAGCAAAAAAACAA